AUGACAUCUAAACCUUUGAAAGACAUGAAAUAUCGGGAAAAGUAUAUUACAAAUAAAAUAAAAUAAAUAAAGGCAUUGUUGUAAAUUUAUACAUAUUUUUUAGUUUUUUAACAAAUUGCUAUCGACUGCAAAUUUCAGUAGGUACUUCACAGAUUUUUUAAUGGCAGAUCAAGAACGAUUACAGCGUAUUAAAGCCGGUGCAUUUUUGGCCUCUGUUGCUGGAAUAUCAGCAUUUGUGGGUUUUGGAGCUACAUUAUCUGCAGCAAGAAAAUCAGAUCCAAAAUAUUUCAACAAAGGUUUACAGGGUGGUGUGGAAUUAGCUGAUGCAGGAGCUAUACUUGCUUUGAGAGCUCUUGGUUGGGGCACACUUUAUGCAAUAGCUGGUACCUCCUGUUUGUGUUACGGAAUAUGGAAAUUAUCAGGUGCAAGAGAUCUCAAGGAGUUUAGAAUUAAAAUGGGGAACUUGCUGCCUGUUUUACCAAAGAAUAAUCCACCACAAUCAAGAACUGAAUUUAGUGGACUUAAUGAUCUAUUGACAUACUUAUCAGAAGACUAUGGAAAAAAGAAAUAAAACUAAAGCAUGUGUAUAAUAAUUUAUAUAAACUUAGAA